AUGAAAAAAAAUAUCUUAAAGAAGAAUUUAAAUGGAUUAAUGGAUUAGAAGUAUAGGUAUUUGGAGCAAUUUCACUUCAUCGUCCUUGGAUAAAUUGAGUGGUAUGAACAACUUUUAAAUGCAGAAAAAUAUUAAUCUUUUAUAGAUUAAGCAAUUAUAUAUAUCAAAAAUACCAAUUUUAACAACUAAGAAGAUAGGUUGAUACAAGGUUAUGCAAAGAGGUACCUAUUAAACAACUAAGGAAGAAAUUUGAAAUCUCCACCAGAGUUUUUCUUCAGCGAAAAAACUGAACAAAAUUAGAUAAAUAACAUCAAAAUUGAAUGA